CACUAUCUUUACGACGCUACAUCGUCACAGAGCGCGUACCUGCCCUCUCUGCUCCUCCUGCAUUACAAAAGCCUUACGCAUGCGCAGUGUUUCUCCUUCUGUGGCGUAAGCAAGAAACAAGAAUAACCCAUCAUCAUGGCAGAUGAAGAUUUCAGCACUGCAGACUCUGGGGCCUCCUGCACAUACCCCAUGCAAUGCUCUGCCCUGAGGAAGAACGGCUUUGUCAUGCUAAAGAACCGUCCCUGUAAGAUCGUUGAAAUGUCUACCUCCAAGACUGGCAAGCAUGGACACGCAAAGGUUCACCUUGUUGGAAUUGAUAUCUUUACUACUAAGAAGUUAGAAGAUAUCUGCCCCUCCACUCAUAACAUGGAUGUCCCAAAUGUAACCAGGAAGGACUAUCAGGUGUGUGAUGUUUCAGACGGCUUCCUGACCCUGAUGGAUGAUGGUGGAGACACCAGAGAGGACCUUAGAGUGCCGGACAAUGACCUGGGCAAAGACAUCGAGAAGAAAUUUGAAAGUGGGGACCAGUUCAUGGUGUCUGUGUUGAAAGCAUUAAAUGAGGAGGAUGUAGUCGCCAUCAAGGCCAUGACCUCCUAAUCAGUCCAGGGCAGCGUUGGAGACCUCACACUCCAAUGAUCUGUUGUGGCUUUGAAGCCUCACCAAAGCCAAUGGCCUUCACCCCACAUCUCCACCAGUUUCCCCGCUGGUCAACUGAAAUCUGGAAACGGGACUGGGUCUGCUCUCCAACCGUACCUCAGGCUCGGGGCCGGCUGGCAAUCCUCUACAAUCAGUGACAUUAUCCAACCUUAGCCAUCAGAGCUUCACUUUGCAAUGAUUACUGAAAUUAUUCCAGGAAUUCUUCAAACAUAUUCCAGCGAUUCAUAACAUUCUUUUAAGACCAUGGAUAAUGUGUUCUUUUUUUGUUUGUGUGCAUUACUUUUAAAAAUCAUUCCUGUUGUUUUUCUGAAUGGACUGAGCUUUUGAUUUUGAGUUGGCUGUUAACAUUCUUACAGCUUGUUUACAGCUGAGAUGCUGAGCAAUGCUUUCUACUUAAACCCCCCCUCUUAAAUGUUUUACAUCUGCUGGCUGACUUUACCACCACAAGCGAGCUCCGGCUCUUCUUGUCGACAUAAGAGAAACAUGUAACUUUUUUUGAUGGCUGGAAUAUGCAUUUCUGCUUUUGGCAACGUCAUAUGCAUCCACAGACACACUUUAAAUUGACAAUUGACUUGUAAACAAACGCCUUAGCAUUUAAAUUCAUGCAGACAGCGUCAUGUUAUCGACCCACAGAUCUCUGAGGUUUCUGCUGCGUUUAGCCAGCUCUGUGAGAUCUUCUUUCUGUAGCAGGAGCUCUGCUGUCUCAGCCGUUCUGAUGACUAACAGGCCUGGGCAGGGAUGGUUGGGUGGGGCCAUUUUCUCCUCUAUGCCAUCAAACUUUUUCUUUCACUUGAGGCCUUUUAUGAGCUGAAUAAUGUAUAGCAAAUGAUUUUCAAAGAACAAAAAAAAAGAAAAAAACGUAUAGUCUGAAAACAAUUCUAUUUUGAAGCCUAAUUUCGUCAAGUUAGCUUCAAAGAAGGCAAAUACUUCAUCACUAUGCUGAACACAAAGAUGAUUUCCUAGCAUGCAAUUGUGGAAACAGUCUUCUGAGAUGCUGCCACAUCUAGGUGGAAACUCUGGGUUAUCCAGGUUUGGUGACUUCAGACAUAAAAAACCAAAACACAAACAAGUGUUGGACAUGGACUGGGUUAGGGUUCUGGGUUGUGGGUUGGAGACUGUAGUUGUUGAACGUAACUUAGGGGUGGUAGGUCUGCAGUUUGAUUGGAUUUCUUUUUGGGUGUUGUGCAGUUUGCACUCUAAAAAUGGAUUAUUCUCACUAUGAUUGUUACUAAAUCAUACUGAAAGGUUGUAGUUUUCUAUAUUUACAUGCAUACAAGAACUGUAAUUGAAAGACAUCGGGUAUUGCAGGAAAUCAGAAUGCGUUUACACGCAACUGCAUCAACGCGGUUGCUGUAGAAUCUGCAUUUCCAUGCAGGUAGUCAGUUUCUCCCCUACCUCCAACAGUAAAAGUAAAACUGUAAACUUAGUGUAUUAGCAAUAUAUUUGCAGCGCUGCAGCCUGAGUUCUCUCUGUUUCUCUUUCUUGCUUUUCUGAACUUAGCAUGUGGACUGAUGGUGUAAAAAAAGGACUGACUCUAGAGAAGACGCCAAAUAAUGUUAUUGUUCAGCUUGUUUCCAGUGUUUUUGAUUCAAUCUCACUUUGGGUUUGUAGCUUGAAGGGCCUUUGUCUUCCUUGUUUUAUGAUCUCCUGCAAAAGCUGUCACAGCAGUACUUUUAUUCUUGUGCAUUUUGUGCUCCUGUAAAAAAAUCUGUUCAAAACUGGAGCUACACAUGGUCAAGAAAGAAAAUCAGAACUCCCCUUCGUCCCUCACACAGGGUUAAGAGGACGUGUGUGUGCGUGUGUGUGACAUUUGUCAUGUUACAUUAUUGCAAAAGUUGAAUAAUUGCCAGAUUGCUUCAUUUGUAUCCACACACUGUUUGGGAUUUUGACAUAGGAAGGUUUUGUCUUUGUACAACAGCAGCCGGCCUGUUAGUUUCGUUCUGACUCCAGUCCACCGAAAGUAGUUUUUACUUCCAUCAAGACACCAAAGUAUUCCACUGAAUGUCAUGUUGUGUAUUAAGUGCUACAUUUACCGGUACUUUUGUUCCACAUCAUUCCACUCCUUUAAAUGUUUUCCUGCAUUCCACGCAAAGAGUGAUGGCAUUUUAACUAAGGCCACUAACUCUAGCUUCUUCUCCUUGAUAUCCAGAUGUUGACUAUAAAACAACAGCUCAGUAACAGUACGUCAGACCGCGUUAUAACUGUACUCAGUUUAUUAAGUAGAAACCACUCUGAGUAUUUAUACUUAGAUAGGAUGGAGAAGCGUUGUACCAGCAAACUAACUCUAUAAAAGCAGUUGUGUGGUAGAAACUGUGACCUUAAACCACACAGGCCAAGUCCCUGCGUGUCCUUAGUACAUCAAUCCUCAAAGGUUCCGUCUGCAGCAACCUGUUUUUAACAUUCUUUGGGAGCAACAAGCUCAAAGAAUGUGUAUCCUGUCAAACACAAAUUGUAGGAAAUGCUGCACAAAACUUGUUUGACCAGCAGGCCAACAACCCCCUGCAGCAGUCAAGCGCUGCCCUCCUGCUUUUUGGACGCAAACAUCCCUCUGUUUCUAGUACACUGCUUCCUUCAACACAUGGCUAUCUCCGAAAGGUUCUUAUCCUAAACUCCCGUCACUCACUCUGUUCACAGCACAGAAGAUGAGUCUUCCUUAAGCCAUAUUUAUGACCUGAUCAUAUAUCUCUCAACCAGGUCACAUGCUGGAGUAUUAACCCUUCUUGCCCUCAGUUGGCUCCUAUAAUAGAGCUGCUGUAAUAUGUAGCACUGAUCACAGUCACAUCUUAAAGGCGACAUGAAGACAGGUAACAGGAAUGACCUUUGAUUUUGUUAAAAUAUGUUUACACUCUUACGGAGGCGGCCCUGUCCUUGUUGGUUUCACCUGCGUAAAUAAUCUCAGGGCUCCCGAGAAAGCGUUGGGAGACGUGUUACUUUACCAGUAUCAGCAGUGAAGCCUAUGAAAUGAGAUUAAAAUAGUUUAAUUUGCAUUUUACUUUGAGUUUAAAGUUUUAUAUUGUCAGUCAUCUUCUCUGGCGCAUCAAUUCUUUUCUUCACAGUUCCUCUUGCUGUCUGCUACUUCAAUUUCCUGCAAGAAACAGUGGUUUAUUUGUAUGUUUAGACCACCUGUUUAGUGUAUUAUGUUAAAACAGGGAUAUGGUGAACUGCUCAGUCUUUAUACUUUAUGUUUCUGCUGUUUGCUGGAGAAGGGUUCUUUGUUCUGUUAAUGAGGAACGUUUCUAAAGGAAAACUGACCUGGAACAUAAAGAUACAACACACGGGCCUCUUGUCUUCUCUAUUCUAAUUAAAGUAUGGCUGCUGCCUUAAAAAUCA